AUUUCCUUCUUUUUUAUGGCUGAGUAAUAUCCCAUCAUCUUGUCCUUGUGUGCAGAGCUGAGCAACCAUGGUGCCCCAAGUGUGGUUGCUGAUGAUGUUUCUCAUCGAGGGCAGUGUGGCUGGGGGCACUGUCUACCUGGUGUAUGACCAGGGGCUGCUGGGGCCUAGUGACAAGAGCCAGACUGUCCCUUGGAAGUCUGAGGAGGUAGUUCCCCCAGCCAGACUAGUUAGCCACUGUGUGUGUGAGCAGACCAGUCUGAAGAUACCCCAUUUCCCAGCACCCCCAAAGUUCAACUUUCACAUCCACAGGUCCUGGAAUUCAGGCAUCAUAAUGGUGAUGUCGGCUCUCUCAGUGGCUCCCUCCAAGGAGAGCUGGGAGUACCUAAGGAGCAAACUAAGUAGCCUGUCAGAGGAGACCACCUGCCCCAGUCAGGAACAGGGGCAGGGGCACCAGAGACCUGUAGACUCCAGACUGGGACUGGGACCCCACCCCAAGGGCAGCUCCCAGCUCUGCCAGCCCAAUAAAGGACUUUAUGAAAUGUGA